UAAAACGCAAAAGACCGUUUUCCAUUGUUCAAGCGUUCAAUUGAAUUUAUUAUUCCAACAAUGGUGCGUGCUUGGUAUAUGGAUAGCAGCGAUGUCGAUCAACGUCUGGAACAUCACAGGGAACCGCCAAAAUUCGUUUCGCUGGAUAACCUGUUUGCCGUAACGGGUGUUGAAUAUUUUGAGAUAAAUCAUCUGGAUUAUGAAACUGAUACUACCUUGAAAAAAUUACGCGAGGACCGCGGUUACACAUACGAAGAUGAGAUAACUUGCUCUAAAAAGUGUUUGCAAAAUUAUGAAGAAAAGUUGAAAAACUUUUUCACGGAACAUCUUCAUACUGAUGAGGAAAUACGACUAGUUUUGGACGGAUCAGGUUAUUUUGACGUGCGGGAUAAGAAUGAUCAAUGGAUCCGGAUCGAAGUGACUCCCGGGGAUUUAAUAAUUAUACCUAGCGGGAUUUAUCAUCGCUUCACUUUAGACACUAAUAAUUAUAUUAAGGCAAAGAGAUACUUUGUGGGAGAGCCAGUUUGGUUGCCAUAUAAUAGACCAGCUGAUAACAUGGAGUGCCGCAAACAGUACCUUCAACAACUGCUACAAGGCUUUGAAACCCCUUCUUUUUGAUAAUCCCAUGCCAAUAUCAGUGUAGGCUUCCAUGAAUAUAUAUUUUUGAUAUAUCUUAUAUACCUAUUCGUUGAAGUAUAUCUUUAUACAUAUACUUGGAAUUAUUAUGUAGAUCAGAAACAUACAAGUUUAUAUUAUUUUAU